CAUGCAUGAACCUUAGCUUUGAUCUGAAAACCCCUAUAUAUACCCCUCCACCCAUAAGGCCCAUAAACAUCAAUAGUACUCAGAUAUGGCGGCUUACCAAAUCAAUGAGAUCAUAACAUCUGACUAUGAUGUUCUUGAAUCCAUUCGACAGCAUUUGCUGAACGACUUCGAAGAUUAUCCGGCAAUGCCAGAGAAUGCGUUCGAGCUGUCGCCGUCCGUGAAAUUGGAGCCGGAAAUGGGUUUCCCUGAUCGGCCGGCGGUUUUGAAUUUUCCGGCGGCGGCAGGGGCGCCGCCAAUGGGGAAGCGUUACAGGGGAGUAAGGGUUCGGCCGUGGGGUAAAUUCGCCGCCGAAAUUAGGGAUCCGGCGAAAAAUGGGAAUCGGCGGUGGCUGGGGACGUAUGGGACGGCGGAAGAGGCGGCGUUGGCGUAUGACCGGGCGGCGUUCUGCUUGCGCGGGACGCGGGCUUUGUUGAAUUUCCCGUGGAGGGUAAAUUCCGGUGAGCCGGCGCCGGUGAGGAUCACUUCGAGGAAGAGGUCAGCAUUAUCGUCGGAAAGUCAUGAUCCGGUUAAGAGGAGGAACAGCAUGUCAAGUUGUUCAAGUUGUCAAGGUGAAUCCAGUCCAUUUACAUAUUAAACGUUCACAAUUUACAUAAUAAAUGUUCACAAUUUGAAUUGUAAACAUUUAAUAAGUAAAUUAUGAACGUUCAGUAUGUAAAUUAUGUAUUUUGAAUCAGAAUUCAUCCUGCAAGAUGAAUUCGGGUCAACGGAAUAAUUUGUCAAAAUUGUCAACUAGGCUACAUGCAUAAUCAAUUCUUUUUUUGCUUUUUUUCUUUUUGAUGAUGAGAAAAGUCACCAUCAUUAUUGGCCUGAAGGCAUAUACUGAAUAAAACUUGAUAUGAACUUUACUCA